GGGAUGAUGUUAGAGACAGCAGAGAUGAACUGGACCACUCUUCUUUGGUGGAUGCUAAUAUUCAUGGUCACCGGUCAGAUCCUGGGAACCCUGGAGGGAGAGGACGGUAUAUCAUCGUGUAAGCCAGGGUACUACUGUCCGAGGGGCAGCCUGGUUCCGGUGCCGUGUCCGAGUGGCACUUUCGGACCGCUUGCGGGAGCCUGGUCAUCGGAGAGCUGCAUGAGUUGCCCUCCCCAUCAUUACGGCCCCCGACCUGGUCUGACCUCAUGCCGCCCCUGUGGGCCCAGGGCUCACCAGGAUCAGCCCGGACAGAACCACUGCGUGUGCCCGGGGGAGGGCCAAUGGUUUCAGCCCAGCGAUGGGCGCUGUGUCUGUGCCCUGGGGUACACGCCCAGGGAAGACGAGGAUGUCUGUGUGCCCUCUGUGUACGAGAUCUGCCGAGGCAGCCAGACCCGGGGCCAACAUGGAGACUGCCUGAGCUCAGAGGAGUGGAGGCAGCACUGCAGCCAGCAGGUGUGCCCGUCCCCUGAAGACAGCGAAGGAUUCGAUGAGACUCUUGGCCUCUGUGUCUGCAGCCCCGCCUUCGGUGGGGGUGAGGCCUGCGGGCCCUGGUGUGAGGGGUGGGCCCCUCGUCCGGCCGCCUGGCUGGUGUGCACUGGUGACCUGAGGCUCCUCUACGGGGACACCAGCCUGCGGGUGGGCCACCCUGACACACGUCACCCGGCUGCUCCCCCCCUUGGGCAGGUCACAUGGGACAGCUUGUAG